CGGAGAAGCGAUAGCGUCGCAGCUCAGGCCGAACUAGGAUAUGUUGCCACACACCCUUCUUGAAAGUGAAUGGCCCGGUUCUUCCCGAACAAUUUUUUCCCUUAGUUCCUGGAUGCCGUGGGUGACAACGUGGCGUCUCUGGAUGUGCUGUGUUUUCCGAGAGACUAGGAAAAAGUGGUAUUCAUUGCACAAAAGAAGGUUCGGGGAGUUCGUCGCUGUGAAUCCGAAGUGGACGUAAAUGCACAUCUACAAGGGCUGACGCUCCUGCAGUGGUCUGCCAGAUUUGCUACAGAGCUGAGUAUGCUUCUACUCCAGGAUGUAAGACUAGGGAACCCAAAGGGGUACCAGCUUUUGCAGCCUGCCAACUGAGGAAGGAUCACCUGUGAUGGUAGUUGUUGCCGUCAGUUGCUGGCUCAUUAACUCGAUUUGCCAGUACGCUGUUGACAGUGGCGUUUUGUGGUUGUUGACUUGUGACAUCGUCUAAUCUUCAAAGAGUUGUGAGAGUCUUCGCUGGUCUACGUCUUCUUUCUGUCUGAGGCGCGGUCUGCAGUCAAACGAACGCGAAAUGACCUGCACCCCUUCAGUCUAUGCUCCGCUACCGGAACUGACUAGGUUGCCAUGUAACUAUCGACCCGUUCGCCUGAAAAUGCAAAUGCAACAUGAGAAACCGAAAUGGAACUUCAUACUCCGCAGCCACUUCCGUAGGAGCUCGCUUAGUCACUUCUUUGAACAGCGAAGGCGGUGGAACCGUACAUCGCAAAAGCCUCGAACGGCUUCUCACGUCAAGCCACUUCCCACCCGUUACAUAGAACUGCAGGAAUCUCAAAAGUUCACCUCAAACAGGUGCAAGAACGAGUCGUUUUUGUUUGGGUUAUUUGCAAGCGCGAAUUGUCCAAGAUCACACCAUUAAGAGAGGCCACCAACAUCUAAAAGCACUCGCUGCGAGACGGCUUAUAUUCGGUCCCGUCAAGCAUAAUCUAGUCAGGUUGCUGGUGCGUGUGGGGGAUGCAUUCGAGGAGGUGCGAGAAAAAUUCGCGGGGCCCUUUGAGAGGUCCUAGUAGGGAGGAGAAAAGUUUCAUGGAUAUCGGAGUUGAGUCAAAAACGCUCGUGGGUGCAGCAGUGUCACCGAGCAGCAUCUCCGGCGCACGCUCCGUUUCUGUCAAGAAAACUCGCUUGCGGGGGGACAGCAGAGACUGUCUCCGAACAGUGUCUAUGCACUGGCACGAAAACGGCAUGUCCUUGUAGUUCACAUCUAUUCUGUGCCCCUUGGCCUCCUUUCUUCUCUGCUCUUUUUUUUGUCACCCGCUCCAUCCUGGACAAAAUGCUUGCCCGCGCUUCAGCGAGAGUUGCCAAGUGCAACCCUGGAAACGUCUUUCAGGUUCGCCAUGCCAGCAGCAAAGAAAUCCGGUUCGGCUGUGACGCCAGAAACCAGAUGCUUGCAGGAUGCAACCGCCUGGCAGACGCAGUCGGAGUCACUCUCGGCCCGAAGGGACGCAACGUGGUAAUUGAGCAACCGUACGGCUCACCAAAGAUCACGAAAGAUGGAGUGACAGUUGCCAAGUCGAUUGAGUUGGGAAACCGGAUGAUGAAUCUGGGAGCCCAGUUGGUGAAGCAAGUUGCCUCGACGACCAACGACAUCGCCGGUGACGGGACAACCACAGCGACGCUUCUCGCCCGCGCCAUCUUCAGAGAAGGCUGCAAAGCCGUGGAUGCGGGAAUGAACCCUAUGGAUCUCCUGAGAGGCAUCAACCUUGCGGUGGAGAAGGUCCUGGCGCAUUUGAACUCCGUGACGAAGAACGUGACGACAUCUGAGGAGAUUUUCAACGUCGCAACGAUCUCGGCGAACGGAGACAAAGUGAUUGGAAAGCUGAUUGCAGAUGCGAUGGAGAAGGUGGGCCGCGACGGUACCAUCACUGUGUCCGAAGGGAAGACCCUGACACAUGAGCUGGAGCUCGUGGAAGGCCUCAAAUUCGACAGAGGCUACAUUUCCCCGUACUUCAUCACGAAUUCGAAGGAGCAGAAGGUGGAACUGGAGAAACCCUUCGUUCUCCUCUACGACAAACGCAUCUCAUCUGUCAAAAGCAUUCUCCCUGUCCUCGAAUUCAUCGUCCAAAACCAAGGCUCUCUCCUCAUUAUCGCGGAAGACGUCGACAGCGAAGCUCUCGCAACGAUGGUCGUCAACAAGCUGCGUCUGGGCCUGAAGAUCUGCGCGGUAAAAGCUCCCGGCUUCGGCGACCACAGAAAGGCCAUGCUUCACGACAUCGCCGUCAUGACAGGAGGCCAAGUCGUGACUGAGGAGACCGGUGGCAGUCUCGAGGACGCCCAUCAGAUGCCUCAGAUGCUUGGACGCGCCAAGUCGGUGACAGUGACGAAGGACACAACUCUGGUGAUUGAGGGUGGCGGCGAGAAGGCGACGAUUGACGAGCGCUGCGACCAGAUUCGAGUGUCGAUGGAGCAGACUCACUCGGAUUACGAGAAGGAGAAGCUGCAGGAGCGCCUGGCCCGCAUGACAGGAGGAGUCGCGGUGAUCAAGGUGGGCGGAGCCUCAGAGGUGGAGGUGGGCGAGGCAAAGGACAGGAUCCAAGACGCUCUGUGUGCGACGAAGGCCGCCGUCGAAGAGGGUAUUGUGCCCGGAGGCGGUACGGCGCUGCUGUACGCGAGCGAGACUCUCAAGACGAUCGAGACGACCAACUACGACCAGAAAGUCGGUGUGGGCAUUGUACGGAACGCAUGCAAACAGCCGUGCAAAACGAUCGCGGACAACGCCGGCCACGAGGGUGCCGUCGUCGUCGGAAACCUCUUGAGAGAAGCAGACCCAACCAAGGGCUUCAACGCCCAAACCGGCGAAUAUGUUGACAUGAUGGCUGCCGGCAUCAUCGACCCCACCAAAGUCGUCAAGACCGCCCUCUCCGACGCCGCUUCCGUCGCGUCACUCAUGACCACAACAGAGGCCGCGGUGGUGGAAGCCAAGGAGGAGAAACCCGACGAGCCUAUGGGAGGUGGCAUGCCCAUGGGGGGCAUGGGAGGCGGCAUGGGAGGCAUGUACUAGAUGUUUGCCCGUUCUAACAAAGCGAUAGAGGCCAGGUCAAAAACGGAGAUGAAAGGGAUCUCAGCGCUUGAGUAAGAGGCAUUUUCUAGCAUGUGAGAGGGACAGGAGCGCCUCAAACAAAAUUGUGGGUUGAACGCGCAGGUUGUUUUUUAACCGAUGAGCUGUUCGGGUUUCCUUUGGUAUCCUUUGCGCUCCGGUGGAUCUGCUGGCAGGGAGCCUCGAUGCGCUUUCUCGGGACGUCGUGCCCCGUGUGUGUUUCUUUUUGUGAACAAGCAAGAGAGUCGUGUUUUGGAAGAGGGGGGAUCGUUUCGCUUUAGAUGGGAAGUCAACGCUGUCGUGACACGCACACGACAAAUUCAUCGUUGUAAGAAAAGCUAACCAGACGACCGGAAAUGCCAGCGAGGAGGAUGGACACAACCGCCCGUCAGUGAACGCAUAUCUACGUGUUGGUGGAGGUUUGGGGCCCCCAAUCUGUUAUGUUGGUGGGGGCUUCGCUGCAUGGAGUGUCGUGGAUAUUCUACGGAAUCUAGAGGGGGGUGCCUCCGUGCGUGGUGCCAGGGCAGGCACCCUGCAGACGGUGCACGCGAACAUCUUUCCGCCCCAUCGAGCCGUGAAAAAAGACCGAAUUUUUCUGCCUAAUCCGCAUGGUGAAAAACUUUGAUAUACCUUGCACUCUGUUGUGUGGAGGUUCUUUUUCCUUGCCUAAUUUUAUUUUGCUACUGGCGUCCGUAACCUCGAUGUCGAUAAGCAGACGUGCAGCUGCUUUCUCAGAAACAUGUGUAGAGUUUUUUCCUAAGGUCGCUGCACAAGUCUACGCAUCUACAGCCGGUGUCGGUCUGUUACCAUAGCCAGUAGCACUAUGCUGCG